CCUCGAGCCGGACAGAGCGCGUUACAGCAACAGGACCCACUUUAUAUAGAGCUAAAUUUGCCGACAUCCGGCGAGCCUCUCAAUUGGUCCAGAUUCUUGGCUUGAAUACUUAUAAACUUAGAGGACCUCCUACCAUUCAAAGUUGUUCAAAGUCUUGGAAGCGCAACCCUGGAGAGGAGAAAGUAAAGAGAGACGCACUUAUUCCAGUGCGGCAAGGCAAAACAGUGACACGGUUUUGAGCAGAUAUAUUUGUAUUUUAUUUCAACAAACGAUGGCUUCAUCCGGAUUGAUGCUGCCGUCAUUUUCAACGUUCUCAAACCAAAGAGAAAGGCAAUGGGAAGAUAGAUGUAAAGUAGAGACGGACAAGCCACUCUGCUCCGUGUUCGAGAUGGUGCACAGCUCGGACACCCGGAGCAGAAAGGACGACGAGGAUCUGAGUAACUACUUGGAUCUGGAUUUUAUUCUCGCCAACACAUCUGGCGCAAGCAGCACAGGUCUCCUCGGCUGCGGCGCAGCGGCAGGUGCGGAAUAUAUGGGCUCCGUAGCCGACGCCAAUCUGUACCCGACGACCGGGCUCACCGUGCCUUCCUACACGACCAACGAGCACCGCUCUCCGCCGCCCCCCUACACCGCCAGCCUCAUGGCUGAGCUGCUGCGCUCCUCCGACGGGGAGAACGGCUACGGCGCGGCGCGGCAGGGCAGGUUUUUACGGUCACGUGGCGCAUUUCCCAGACAUCAUCAGGACAUUGUGGACAACAUCAAAGUUGAGCCCAACAUGGACAGCUACGGUCCCGUCAUGGGCAUGGCGCCCCAGAGCUGCACCAAGAUCAAGCAGGAGGGGAACGUGUCUUGCAUGAUGUCCUUCGAGCAGCCGCGCGUUGCCAUCUCCCCGCGCGCCGCAAACAGCAUGACGCCGCCGCUCAGCCCGGGCGAGCAGGGGGGCUCGGAGUGCCAAGCCCCAGUGUGCCACCCCGCCCUGGGCUACCCGCACAAGUAUCACCCCUCGUCGGCGUACCCGCACCAACACCCGCACCACCCCACGGCACCCCAGCAGAUGCAUCUGUCGUACCAGCACCCGUUCGGCGUGUACGACGAGGGUCUGCAGGGCAUGCAGGCGGGCGGCCAGAGGGUGAUGCUUACCCCGCCGUCCUCCCCGCUGGAGCUGCUCGACUCGAAGCCCAAGAGGGGUCGCCGCACCUGGCCGAGGAAGCGCACCGCCACGCACACCUGCACGUUCGCAGGCUGCGGGAAAACGUACACCAAGAGCUCGCACCUCAAGGCGCAUCACCGAACACAUACAGGUGAGAAGCCCUACCACUGCAGCUGGGAAGGUUGUGGCUGGAAGUUCGCUCGCUCCGACGAGCUGACCCGCCACUUCCGCAAACACACUGGUCACCGUCCCUUCCAGUGCCACCUGUGUGAACGAGCCUUCUCCAGGUCCGACCACCUGGCCCUGCACAUGAAGAGACACAUGUGAGCCAUCAGCUCACAUAAGGACUGGGGGGGGGGGGGGGGGGGGAGUUGUUGAUUUAAACGAUGUCGUUUUAUUUAAAAAAGAAAAAAAGAAAAAUCUCUACAUGACCAAAAUCUUUUUUUAUAUAUUGAACAAAUGUUUUAGUGCUAUUAUUUUCUAAUAACGUAGCUGGUACUACAUUUUUUUGUUUAUUGGAGCUUUAUUGGUUCAAUGCUUUAAAGUUUAGAGUAAACAAACCAAUGAGGGGCUGGCCCUGUAUAUUCUAUAUAUUUCUCUCUCUCUCUCUCUCUCUCUCUCUCUCUCUCUCUCUCUCUCUCUCUCUCUCUCUCUCUCUCUCUCUCUCUCUCUCUCUCUCUCUCUCUCUCUCUCUCUCUCUCUCUCUCUCGACAAAACUGGAAUGCUGUGUAUGACACAGAAGUGCCUUUCUGUAUGACUGUGUGCUACUGUAAAGCUCUGUGACAGAACUACACAACCACCGAAAGGAACGUCCAAGACAUAUUCUGGUCAUCAAGGGGUGAACUGCACAUUGCUAUGGCCCAAUAUGUGCAAAGACAAUGUUUUAUUAUUUAAACUGCCUCAAUGUUUGAAUGGCCUGAACUGUGUUUUUGGUUGCAUUCUACACUUGGGUGAUACUGUAUACGUGGGAGUGAAACUUUAAACAGCCAUAGGUCCAGCCCCUUUUUACCACUAUCAGGGCUUGAUGCCCUGUGCAUUAUUUUAUACUUAAAUUUAUAUAGAUAUGUACAUGGAUUUUAUACUGUAAAAUGUGUAUUUAUUGUAAAUAUUAAACCAAUGAAAUCGAAAAAUGUA